AGCUCUCGAUAAAUUCAUCUGCAAGGGAGAAGAUCCAUCUAUAUGUCAACCUUUGUGGAGCACCACACAGCCCAAUAUGACCACUGGCAAGUUUUCAGUGCAGGAUGACAAAGAGAAGAGAAAUAUCACCAUAACUGUGAGAAACGUAGCAACAAAUGACACCGGGACAUACUGGUGCGGAGCAGAAACCAAUGACAAUACACGCAGUAAACUGUUCUACCACAAAUUCAACAAACUGACUUUGACUGUCGUGCCACCACCUGUUCCUUAUGGCAGUUUUGAUCAGACAUCCUGGUUGACCAUCGCUGUGGCUCUCUGUUUGGAUAUGCUGCUGUUGCUUCUCAUGUUCAUCAUAUUCUUUGUCUACGAACGUUUUGCACCUUGUAAAAAAAGAACAAACGCAGCAUCAGGAGAAAGCAAAGAGAGAUGGACGCAAUAAAGGACCGCACCUGAAAGCUGGACUCAAGACAUGUGCUGCACUUGAUUCACGUUCAGACAAAGACCUCAACCUACUGCACUGCUUCAUCCGCAGCUUUCAUAUCAAUUCUGACCGAGCAAGCUAAGUUACAUGCAUAUCCCAAAAAUUCAGCUACUUUCGUCCUUUCUAUAUAUCAUGUAUAACAAAGUGCAAAUUGUUAUUUUUGUUUGUCCUUUUUGGACAGUUGCAACAUGUUAUGAUCUUAAACACAGUCUGUAUUUCAGUCUGCUUUCAUGUACCUUAUGUUAUAGAAUUUGCUCUCUUGAAAGAGCACACUGGCAACAUCAGUGUUGGACGUAUAUGCUCAAAUAGGAAAAUAAGAAAUUAUUAUUAAAAAUGGGCUUAGUUUAACAUGUA